GGGGAUGAGAAAGGAUUGAUCCUAGAUAAGAUUGUAGAGGAAACUGAUCCUUCCGUUGUUUUGGAGCUGGGGACGUAUUGUGGCUAUUCAGCUAUAAGGAUCGCUCGGCUUUUGAAGCCAAAGGCUCGGCUUUUGAGCAUCGAGUUCAACUCGGAGUUUGUUCCUAUCGCAAAAGAAAUUAUCGAGAUUGCUGGACUCAACGAUAAGGUGACCAUCCUGGAAGGCCAUUCAGAAGACAUUAUCCCACAACUGAAGAAGAAAUACGAAGUGGAGAAGGUGGAUUUUGUCUUUCUGGACCACUGGAAAGAAAGAUACGCCCCGGACACCAUCUUACUCGAGGAAUGUGGCUUGCUGCGGAAGGGCUCCGUCAUCCUGGCCGACAACAUCAUCUACCCCGGGGCUCCAGAGUUCAUCAAGUACAUCCGUAGCAACAAGCGCUUUGAGUGCACCAACUACCCCUCUCACCUGGAGUACAUGCAAGUGGAGGACUCCAUGGAGAAGGCCGUCUACCUGGGCCCCGACGCUUAGUAGCAUUUCGCAGCCAGUCCCACGAGGCUGAGCACCCCCCUGUAGUCCUGUCUGUGCUUCAGAUUUUCGCUUUCUGUAAUUUGGGGCCUGUGAUGAACGUGAAACAGGAGAGAACUGGGCUAGAAGAGAGAGAGAGACAGCGGGCGAGAGAGCGAGCCUGUGCGUAUAACUAGGUUGAGAUCAGCCCCUCUUCUAUAUUAGUGGAUGUUUGUUUUCCAUUAGUGUGUCUAAAAAUGACAAGGCCAGAAGGUCAAGGCCAAAUGACAAGACCAAGGCUUUGAGGCCAAAAUGUCAAGAAGUGAUAGCCAAUGCUCCCUCUGAGCUGCGGAGUGUUGUGAGCAAAAAUU